CUCGACCCGCCCCCGGCAGGAGGGGGCGGGAAUUCUCCCCGGGAGGACGCUGUUGGAACGUCGUGGCCGCCGCCCCUGCUGGCUAGGGCUAACUGUGGGCCUAUGGCCGUCGCGUUGCCGGGGGUCGUGGAGGAGCUCCUGAGCGAAAUGGCCGCCGCGGUGCAGGAGAGCGCACGAAGUACGGCCGUUCCUGAUGAGCAUCUGUUAUCGCUAAAGUUUGUCUUUGGCUCAUCUGCCAUCCAGGCCUUGGACCUUGUUGAUCGACAGUCUGUCACCUUAAUGUCAUCGCCCAGUGGAAGGCAUGUUUACCAGGUACUUGGAAGUUCUGGUAAAACAUACACAUGUUUGGCAUCUUGUCAUUACUGUUCGUGUCCUGCAUUUGCCUUCUCAGUGCUGCGGAAAAGUGACAGCCUGCUAUGCAAGCAUCUCUUGGCAGUUUAUCUUAGUCAAGUUAUGAGGACCUGUCAGCAACUAAGUGUCUCUGACAAGCAGUUGACUGACAUAUUAUUGAUGGAGAAGAAACAAGAAACAUAAAAGGACUGCAGGGGGUGCUAUGAGUUGGAGCUGUGAGCUGUGGAAAUCGUGUGUAUGACUGCAAACCCUGUAACAUCUUCUCAAGAAAAACCUGAACCAGCCUCUGAGCCUCUUGGGUAAAAAGUGUCCCUGGAUAGCAUCAAGCAUUUUGAUGCAACUAAAGUCUAGUACCAUGUUCUGUCACAGUUAGAUUCUUAAGAGACUGACUUACUAGUAAUUUUUUAAAAGGUUGAAGUGGCCAGCCUGAAAUAAAUGAAGUUUAGAUGAACAAGUGUUAGUCUUUUUCUUUGGGUCCAGAAAAUUUUUCAGCACCAAUACAAUAUCAGAGCAGAGAUGGGCUUUACAGCAGCAAGUGUGAAAAGACUUACAGGUUCUGUUUUUGGUAAGUUUCAAAUAUCUGUGGUGUUAGUGCCAAAAUAUUUUAAGUAGGGUGUAUUGUUCAAAAUGCAACAGGAGAGUUUGCUCUGCAUGUAUUUCUGAAGUUUGAAACAGGACAAAUAAAUGAAUGGCCCAAAAGUCGUGUCCUGGAAGAAAACUACAAACACUACUAGUGACAUUCAUUCUGUAGAAGAAAAGGCAAAAUAGACACCAGGAAGAGUAUUAGAAGGGAAAGAUAGGACACUCAGUAGACCCCAAAAGAGAAUAAAGGAGAAUGAUAGACAAAGGUGAAAAUGAGACAGAUUUCAGCUUAGGAUAAGAACUAAAGGUAAAACUGUCCAGAGUAGAAGAUGAUCCUAGAGGCACAGGAAUUUGUCUCGAGUGAUUCAUAAACCUGCAGCAUCCUUCAGGGAGACUGCAGGAGGAACUGAAGAAGUGGACGGACAAAA